CGCUUGCGCAGUAAAGCGGAAAACACGUUUAAGAGCCGGUAUUGGAUAGACUGUGCGGUAGCUAGUAAAUUCACUCAUAAAAGGAAACAAGAUGCCACCAGUACCAGUUGCUACAGAGAGUGGAAAGACUGGUGUAAAUGCCGUCCUUCUUGGACCUCCCGGUUCUGGGAAAGGCACACAGGCACCAAUGCUGGCAGAUCUGUAUAAAGUUUGUCAUCUGUCCACUGGGGAUAUGCUGAGAGCUGUAAUUGCUUCCGGGUCAGAGUUAGGAAAACGUGUAAAAGGAGUCAUAGACGAAGGCAAGCUGGUCAGUGAUAGUCUAGUAGUGGAGCUUAUCGAUGAAAACCUUGGAAAACCAGAGUGUAAAAAUGGAUUUCUGCUGGAUGGAUUUCCUCGCACUAUCAAACAGGCAGAGGCUUUGGAUGGAUUACUAUACAGCAGGAAAACCAAGUUAGAUGCCUGUGUAGAAUUUAGUAUAGACGACUCUCUGUUAGUCCGACGGAUCACUGGGCGUCUCAUACACUCCAACAGUGGACGAUCCUACCAUGUGGAGUUCAACCCUCCAAAAAAGGAGAUGACAGAUGAUGUUACGGGAGAGCCUCUGAUUAGACGAUCAGACGAUAAUGAAGAAGCUUUAAUGAAGCGCCUUGAUUCCUACCACAACCAGACUAAGCCCCUGGUGGAUUACUACAGCAAGCGACACAUCCACACCGCUGUUGACGCAUCACAGCCACCCAAAGUUGUCUUCGGUAACAUCAGGAAAAUUUUCGAACAGAAGCAAAUCCUGGCCAAUUUAACGGGAAAGCACAGUUGAAAGGAGCAAAGCCUUUUAGUUCAUCAAUUUAUCAGAACAAGGUUUUGACCUUGUGAUUUAAUAAAAGAUACAACCAAAUGACAGGGAAACAUAUUUUAAUAUAAACAUUUGUUAUAUUGUUUUUUUGGUUUUGUUUGAUAUAUUUGGGGUCCUUUUUCCAGCACUCCUGGCACUAAAUGUUUGUUAGCUUUUGCUAUGAUGCAGCAUCUGACGUCCAUCAACUUUUCCUUUUUAUAAAGCCUACUUGUCUAUAGCCUCUAGAUCUUGAUAAAUCAAUAUUAGGGUUUAACCUUUAACCCUUUCACCACUGUAGACUAAAAUGGACUAAUCCAAAUCAAUGCAUGGUAGAGUCUACUAAAGUUACAUUGGGGUUAAAGGGUUAAAGAUACUUUGCUAACAACAUUAAUACUGGAACAGAACUUGUUUAGUGGCCAUACAAUUUUAACACAUUACCAUGUAGGUACUAAUUUGAAAGUAAAGAUACAUGUGGUUAUUCGCAAAUCUGUUGUAUGAGGUGGGAGGCACUUUUAUUAAUAUAUAACGGAUGGUGGUGGGUUAAAUCCAGAUCGGCCUAUAGCUACCAUUUCUCAUAUUCAAUCGGCUUUAAUAUCCAAUGUGUAGUAGCUAUAUAGGGCCUCUGGAAAGUCAUCCUCGAUAACAAGGGGUUACCCUUGCUUUCCCUCUUUGCACACCUUGAAUGUCAUAGUUAAACAAACUGAUUGGAUUCGUUUAAAACUUCAUAGGAUGGUUCAUUGCUAUGAAAGAUGGACAAGAUCGAUAACCAAAAUUAUUCGCCGGUUAUUUACGGAGUUAUGACCCUUUGUAGAAUUGCCGAAAGUUUUCCCUCAAUAACUAAAGUAAUUUUUGUUAGAUUCAUUUCAAACUUCAUAGGAAGGUUCAUUUCUAUGAAAGCUUGCACAAUUUCGAUCACCAUUAUCCGCCUCUUAUUAAGGGAGUUAUGGCCCUUUAUAGAAUUGACUUAACAGUUUCCGCUCAAUAACUUCAGUAAUUUUGAAUGGAUUAAUUUCAAACUUGGUAGGAAGGUUCACUGCCAUGAAAGCUCAGACAAGUUUGAUAACCAAAAUUAUUUGCCAGUUAUUUAUGCAGUUAUGGCCCUUUGUAGAAUUGAUGUUAUCUCUCCAAAAUUUAUGCACUUAUGGCCCUUUGUGGCAAACUGCUCAUUCGACAUCCGACGGGCGUAUCAUGUACCGCUUUGCGGAAAUCUUGUUCAGAUUUUUAUUUCUCAAAGAUGAAAUUUACUUUUUAUUAACUGUUAACAGAUUAACAAAAUAUUGAUAUUAAAUGAAAAUGUAUCAAUGUUGUGCCAAAUUUAAUUUUAAGAACCGAUGUCAGAAAUAAUGUUGGUACAGUGAUAGCAAUUUAUCUUUUGCAAUAUUAAUGGUGUGUUUUAAUGCCACAAUUGUAUAAGCUUGUAUUUUCUUUACAAUAAACCUUACUGAUGAAAUGUU